UAGAACGACCGUCUAUCAGUCUCAUCAUCACAAUCAGUCAACAGUUUCCUAUCAUCUCCUUUUCCUUUGGUCUUUUUCCUUGGUCUAUUUCCUUGGUCUCUUCAUUUCCUACCAUCUCAUCUUCCAAUUUCUCAUCUCUUUCGAGCAUUUCUUUAAUCCCUCUACUGUCCCACCAAUUCCCUUAGUCUACUUCAAGAUGCAGUUCCUCACUUCCCUCUCCCUCGCCAUCUCCCUCGCCACUCUCACCAACGCCGUUCCAACCCUGACCGAGCGCUCCACCAACUUCUGCCCCGGCCAAUCGCACCUGACUCCCGCUAUCCAAUGCUCGAGCGGCUUCAGCGGCUGCGUCGACUACGCCCGAGGCUCGGCGGUCUGCACCGGCCCCAAGCGCUUCUUCAACGACUGCUCUGGCGCUCCAGGGCUAGGCUCGUUCUUCAAGUGCGCCAACGGCUUCGCUGGAUGCAGCACGAACCCGGGUGUUUGCGAUACUGCGCCUUCUACCCGCUCAGUUGCUCCCGGCACUUGCGCUGAGGGUCAGGGCAGCUGGUACGUCUGCGCCACUGGCUUCAAGGGCUGCAGCACCGACCCGACCGUCUGCGAUCCCAAGCCCUCAAGCUCCAGUAAGGCCUCUCCGGGCCAAACUACUCCUGCUCCCGGUACCUGCGCUGAGGGCCAGGGCAGCUGGUACGUCUGCGCCACUGGCUUCAAGGGCUGCAGCACCAACCCGCGCAUCUGCGACCCAGCCCCCGUCCCACAGGCCCCCGCUGGCACACCUCCCUCCUCCGACUGCCCCGCCGGCUCCGCGUUCUACGUCUGCGCCAACGGCUUCCGCGGCUGCUCCACCAACACCGCCGUCUGCGACAAGCCCGCCUCCGUCCCCAUCACCACGACCCCCGUCGUCCCCGCCCCCAAGUCCGCCCCGAUCUGCGCCGCGGGAACGUGGUACGCCAGGCCCAGCGAGUGCGCCAGCGGCUUCGUGGGCUGCACAGGCGAGUCCAAGGUCUGCGGUGGUGAGAAGAGGUUCUGGGGGUCUUGCCCGCCGAACCAUGGAAACUACUUCAACUGCGCGAACGGGUUUGUGGGUUGCACGACUGACAUCUCCAUUUGUGAUAAGAAAGUUUUGUGAGGUGAUGGUCAGCGAUGGGAUAGUGAUUGUCUUGUGGCGUUGGGUGGGUUCCUCAUAGAGUUUUAGUUUGUGGUCGAUUCGGAGUUUCUUCGUGAGCGUAUAUUGUUUAGUCGUAUUGUGAUUUAGAUGUUGUAAUUCAUGGCUUGACUUGGCUAAUACA